CUCCUCCAUAUUCCUUUUCGAAUCGAUUAAGUUGGGCUUUGCGCGCGCGUUGUUGCUCACUUUCUCUGAUACGUUUCUACCCGUUUGAACGUCGAAGUUUCGAUCUCUAUCUGAAGCUUUUGACCUACUGAAUCAUUUUUUGAUCUGUUUUUCUAGUGCUAGCGAUGGAUGUAGCUGUCGUCGAAUACUCGAACGGUGCUAAAUCGCCGGAUUUGGGGCUUGUUGUGGGAGAGAAUUACGAAAUCAUGCUAAAAGAAUCCAUAGAGCGUUUCUUAGACCAAUGCCGGAAAGGAAUUUCUGAUUUUUCUGGUUUUAGUUCAAUUUUCUUCCGUCUACUGCAAGCUAGGGUUAAUCCACCUCUAGAGAUAAUCUGGUUUUACUCUGCUGUCAGCUUUCGUGGUGGUAAUUUAGUGGGACAUGAUCCCCAGAGUCGAGUUCUGAUGGCAAAGGAUCUGUUCCAGCUACUUGCCGCUUGUUCUGCUUCGUGUGAUGGCUUGAAGAGCAUCGCUGUACUUGCUCCAGUUCUAUUUGAGCUGUACCAAUCUGUUGUUGAUUUGCCGGAGAAGAAGUUGUCUUCCAAGGCGGAGAAGAAAGUGACGAGAGAAAUCGAGGGUUUGAUCGAAGGAAUUGUUAGCUAUAUUAGCAUUUGUUGUAGCAAGGGUUCUGAUGAAGAAGAUGCGUCGGUUGCUCUGCUUCCUUGUUUCACAGAUUUGAUUCGUGUCUGGAUGACUGAUCGAUUGGAACGGAACCGUGACGUUCGGGAAGAUUUGAGGAUGCUUUUCCCACUCGUUAGUGAGGAUAUUCUCCAAGGUCUUGCUGGAGGAGAAUGCGUGGUAGGGUAUCUGACUGGUGUGGUUAUCGUUGAGGCUUUCUUGCUGAGACUCUGCUUGAGGUUUCGAGCUGGGCUUUCGAGAGAAGAGUUGAAGAAAGAUUUGAGGACUUGGGCAGUUUGUUCCGUGACUGGAUUUCGGAAUUCUUACUUCUUUGUGACCCUUGCCAGGAUGCUGCUGGAUCCUCUUUUGCCUGUCACCGUUUUAUUGAGUUCUGAAGAUGAAGCAUUUUUGCGAGGGGUCCUCUAUGAUGUUGUGAUAUUGGUGGAGUAUUCUUUUCUCAAUCCUGAAAAUGGGAUCCAUCUACCUGCUGACCGCAUGAGAACUCUUGCUAUCACAAGGUUAAUUGUUGCGCAUGAAGCCAUUCGGGUUGUCAAGGCGAAUGGGGAUCAUAAAACUGCAAUUUCUUAUAUAAAUGCCUUUGCUAGGUCUCGUCUACCUUCGCAGUUGAUUAGGUGGGCCACUGAUCAGAUUGGCAUUGAGGGAAAGAUGAGCAAACCAAAUGUUUCGACACCUCAAGCUCUUAUCAAGUGGAUGCUAAACCUUGAAGACCGAGGGGCAAGAGUAUUUGAUCACUACAUUGCAAAAUUCCGUCCUAAGUUAGUGCUUGAUAUGUCGAAAGUUGACAAUGAAUACUCAGUGUCAAAGCCAGACAGCCAGUUGGGAGAUUGUGAUGUCCUAUUUUACAUUGACAACAAGGGAGAAGCGGAAAAGAAAGUUGAGGGAGAUCACGAAAUGAUGGAAUCCAUGGAUGCUGCAUUUUUGACUGCUGCUCAUACAAUGAAGUUCACAACAAAUGAUAGAAGACGGAAACAGAGAGAAGGGAGGGUUGAAGGGGAGACACAAGUCAAGUUUAUGAAGUAUCAACUUACUUAUGACUCUGCUAAAGGAAAGUUCCCAUCUUCUACUGAUGUUGAUGGUCAGAGUAGUAGUUCUAGUGAGGUGAAAAAUCCACUCUCUGAUGAAGAAAUGGAAGAAACUGAACUGUAAGGUUUGAUUGAAGCAGAAAGGUUGGUCCUAGUUAUUGUGCUUUUGGUGGAUUUUCAUGUUCACAUCAGCUUCAAGCAGUCUGAAGUGUCUUUGAGACAACACACUACUGGUCCACCAUUCAAACAGCUGUUCAGUUCCAUGGUAGGUAGAUGCACUUUGAGCAUGCUAUAGCAAUGGGAGAUAGGUUUUUCAUUUGGCUGCUUUUAGCAUGAUUCAAUGUCAGUACUUGAAUGACAUUCUAUGUUCAAAA